UGUAACGGUGCUAAGAGAGACUGAGGGAAUGCCAGUUCGCUGUCUCCGUCCGCCUCAAGGCACCUGUUGAUGGUGAUGAAGUGAGUGCUGGUGACGCAGAACACCUUCAGGCCAUCACUGAAUUCCGCUGAACUCAUCUUUGGAGGACAAUGAAAGUAACGGUAACUUUCGGAAGAACUGGCGUGGUGGUUCCGUGCAAAGAUGGAUGGACAGUUCGUGACCUUAUCCAGCAAGCUACCCAGAGAUACAGAAAACUUCUUGAACAGGAGGGGGACUUCCUGGUGCGGACCCACCACGUGGAGUACUGCGACGGGGGGAUUCUGGAUCCUGACGAUGUUUUGACUGACCUAGUGGAAGAUAAGGACAAGUUAAUAGCUGUGUAUGAGGAGCAAGAAGCCCAGCAGAGGAAUGCUGUGAGCCCUGGGACCAGCAGCCUCACCGCCAGUACCACAGGACACCCCAGCCCGGAACCCUACCACUCCGAACUCACCAUCUUCCAGCCAAUCAGAGGGGGCGAGAUUGAGGUCAACUCCUCCGUCCUCAAAUCUAACACUCCCCUGCUGGUGAGAAGCAGCAGUGACUCUGCCCUUAGCCCCCCUGUAGAGACAGGAGCCGCUCACCCAGAGGAGAGUAACAACACCCCAGUACCCACGGGGGUGAACCACACACUGACUGAAAGAGGAGGAGCCACAGACACGCACACCACAGAUGCGUCUACCAACAAAACAAGCCCAUUCACCCUAAACAGUCUGACGAGGACAGUAGAAAUCUCUGGAGAGCAGGGGCCUCUUGGGAUACAUGUAGUGCCUUACUGUUCCUCACUGAGUGGAAGGUCUCUUGGCCUGCACAUUCGGGGUGUGGAGGAGAACAGCCGGUCAAAGAGAGAAGGAAUCUUUCAGGAGGACGAGUGUAUUGUCAAAAUCAAUGACACAGAGUUGAUGGACAGAACCUUUGCACAGUCACAGGAAGUGUUCCGACAGGCCAUGCGCUCCCCGCUCGUGCGACUGGAGGUGCUUCCUGUCAGCAACAAGGAACGCUACGAGAAGAAUCUGAUUGGUCAGCUUUUUACCUCAGAGAGCCAUGACGGCACCACCAAAACCAAGGACCCUCCGCCCCUAAAAGUUAAACCCAUAGUUAAGCCUAUGGGGUCCCCCUCGGGCCGGCAGGCGGAACCCCAGGACAGCAGGUCUCAGGGCUCGUCCCUGACCAGCUCCCACACCCAAAACGACAGCCCCUUAAUGAAGAAGAGCUUGGCUCUGUCCCCACUGGUCGGCUUCACCAACAAGAAGGGCGGAAAGAGACUCAAAAUCGACCUAAAGAAAGGUCCAGAGGGUUUGGGCUUCACCGUGGUAACCCGAGACUCUUCCGUGCAUGGCCCGGGCCCAAUCCUGGUCAAGAACAUUUUGCCCCGGGGUGCAGCUGUCCGAGACGGCAGGCUGCAGUCUGGAGACCGCAUCCUGGAGGUGAAUGGUGUGGACAUUACUGGACGCACGCAGGAGGAGCUGGUGUCUAUGCUGCGCAGCACCAGACAAGGGGAGAGUGUGUGUCUGGUUGUGUCCAGACAGGAAGACAUGUUUCUGCCGAGAGAACUGAAAGAGGAGCAGACCAGGCUAGUGCUGUCAGAAGAGGGGAAGGAGCAGCUGAUGUUUGAGAUUCCACUGAAUGAUUCCGGCUCAGCUGGCCUGGGAGUCAGUUUGAAGGGGAAUAAGUCCCGGGAGACGGGAGACGACCUGGGCAUCUUCGUCAAGUCCAUAAUCCACGGAGGAGCUGCCUAUAAGGAUGGGCGUCUGCGUGUCAACGAUCAGAUGAUUGCCGUGAAUGGAGAAUCUCUGCUGGGUAAAUCUAACCAUGAGGCCAUGGAGACCCUGAGGAGGUCUAUGUCCAUGGAGGGGAACCUGAGAGGCAUGAUCCAGCUCGUGGUGCUUCGGCCCCUGCUCACGUCCGGCCAGGAGCACAACGAGACGAGGAAAAUUCUCAAUCGAUCCUUCGACAGCUGCGUUGGACAGUCCGGCCAAUCGAACGGCCCCGCUCAGCCUCCAAUGGUCGUAAACAGCAUUUAUGAGCGUUCCAUGGUUUUGAAUGGAGGCUACAGUCACAUGGAUGAUGGUGAAGAUGAGGAAGGCAUCCCGCACCAUCUUCGACAGAAUGGUGUGCGCCCCCUGCAGAGCAUGGAGUGGGGCUCUGGGCCACGUUCAGCUGAAACCUCAUUCACAGACAGAGUUCAUAGCACUCCCAAAGAGCACCAGCAUGUCAAAUCCUCCAAGAGCAUGGACCUCGUGGCAGAUGAAAGCAAUGUAGGAGCUGUAAGGGGGCAGAAGUCAGUGGUCAGUGGUGGGGAGGAGGUGGGUCCGACGCUGGGACUGAAGAAGUCCAGUUCUCUGGAGAGUCUGCAGACUGCCAUGACAGAGGCCAGGAAGAAUGAGCUGUUGCCCUUCCACAGGCCACGCCCACACAUGGUCAGGGGGCGGGGCUGCAACGAAAGUUUCCGCGCCGCCAUCGACAAAUCGUACGACGGCCCACCUGAGGAUGAUGACGACGACGCGUCAGAGCAGAGCUCAGGCCGGGACACGCCGGCGAGCAGCUCCUCUCGACAAGGCCUGGAGGAGACAGAGGAGAGCAAGAAAGACAAGAAAAAGAAAGUCAAAGGAAAGAAGAAAGAGAAGUCGAAAGCAAAAGGAAAAGACAAAGAGAAAAAGAAAACAGAAGAGUCAGAAGAGCCAGACAAGAAGACAAAGAAGAAAGGAUUUGGACUGCUAAGGUUUGGAAAGAAGAAAGAAGACAAGAGCAGUAAGGCAGAAAGUAAAGCAAGUGUUCCGAAGCAAACGUCAGAAAUAUUGAGUGAGGAAGAGCUGGAGAGGAUGAAAGAAGAAAGAGAGAGGAUUGAGGCAAAGCAUCAGGAGCUGAGAGAAAGACAGGCCCGGGAUCGUAUCCCUGACGUGGAAGAUGACGACAUGGACCCAAACUACGCUCGCAUCAACAACUUCAGAGACCGCUUGUCACCCUCCCAUUUGGCCUAUGGGAACCGUAGCCCCUCCCCUCAGAGGAGCCCCGCCCCCAUGAACCACAGCAGAGACCCCUCCUCUGAAGACCCAUUGGACGGCCUGUACGCCAAAGUCAACAAACCUAGAGGCCCACCUCCACAUGCAGCUGACAGCAGUAUGGACCGGAUCCAGUUGCUGAGGAGGGAGUACCAGCAAGCCCGGAGAGAUGGGACUGUACCAGUACCAUAUGAGGAGCUGGAGGCCCGGCGCCGAGGCCCAGAAUACGACCCACACAGAAUGCCUGUCAGAGGCCCUGACCAGAGAUUGGCACCCCGCUACGAGGACAUGGAGCGGCAGUAUGCCUCUCUGCCCAGGCGUGGACCAGUGGGCCCCAAUGACUACCCAGUACAACCCUGGCCAGGGCAUGGCAACCCUACACACUACCCACACCCGCAGGCGGGAUACCAGUCCAACUAUCCGCACAGGGAGAACUAUGCUCCACAGGGUAACCCAGGGUUCUAUCACCCUCCCCCACCCCAGCAGAGAGGCCCUUUACGGCAGGACGUGCCCCCUUCUCCCACCCUGCCCCUCCGCGCCCCCCGCUAUGACACCAUGAACCGCGGUGGAGGCUACGGCAACUCCAGCCCAGAGCGUUACGCGUAUGGGGAGGGCCGUCACCCCGACCCGCGACAGAAGAACCCCAUGACGGCCGCCGUGUAGAAGCUCCAGUUUCUUCCGCCUCGC